AUGUUUAAUGAACAGUACAGAAUAGGACUUUCGGAGAAUAAUUUUGUAGCAAUAAAAUGCAAUGAAAGGAAAGAGCGGCAAUACAAUGAAAAAGAUAAUAAUCGAGAAUGUAUUAUUAUUAUAUCCGAGUGAUAUAUUACCAGUUGGUUAUUUGAUUUACUAAGCAUAUUGCAUCUGCAGUACAUUCCCUUCGGACAUACUGUCUUUCAAGUUUCAUGGAUGUGUUUGGCUAAAUCUUUGCAAGUGUUAGAAAAUCUCGAAAAAGAAUUUGACUUGAUGACACAGAAAGGCAGACGAUGCAGAAGAAAGAAUUCUUUUUACAGCGAAAGAAACAAAAACUAUCCCCUAAGAGAAAUGCAGUAUACUUCUGAGCACUUACAGUCAAAAACUAAUAACGAAUCAUAUAAAAUAUUUACAGAAUUUCCUCAAAAACACAAGAACGAAAGAAAGAGAUUUAAGGGCAAGAACUUUUUGAACCAUCAGCAAUCGCGAAGGCUCCUCAAGAUUAGCGGUUUCCUAUGCAUUAUAAUCGGUUGCUUGUACCAGUGUUUUUCGUUUCUGCUGAUGUAUUUGGAAUAUCCUACGACGGUUGAGUUUAAUGUUGUUAAUGAAGCAACAACGGAUUUUCCAGCAGUCACAGUUUGCAACAGCAAUCCUGUGCGAUAUAAAAUAUGGUGCACGGAAGAGAAAUAUGUCUGUGAUCACAGAAGAAAUGAAACUUUGGAGGAUCUUAGAAUACGACAGGGCGAUCUGUAUGACCGUUUGAGCAAAGAUAAAAGAAUAAAACUUGGUUAUCAAAAGCAAGACUUUAUUAUAUAUGCUGAAUAUGAAGAAGAAAAUGUUACUGAUGAAUUUUCUUGGUAUUAUGAUUAUGAAUUUACAAAUUGUUUCACGUUCAACGCUCGCUGGGACGGAAAGAAUAACGGAAGUAGAAGUGCAUUUGUUUUCAAUCCGGUCACAGGUAUGGCUUCAGAACUCUUGCUGUGUGUAAACAUGGAUGUAGACAACUACAGCAACAUUACUGGCUCAGUUUAUGGAAGAAUUCGAUUGACAAUUCACGAAGACGAUAUCGUGCCUAAUCCUACGUAUGAUGCAGCAAGUUUGGAAGCGGGAGGAUUCUAUUCAUAUGGCGUGCAAAAGGUAACAACUACUUUACUGGAAUGGCCUUAUCAAACAAAAUGCCGUAAUUACAAAGAAGAAAAAGAAAUCAGGGACUGGUGCUAGAAUGAGUCAAAAGAAUUGCCUGCUGGAAUGUUACAAGACUGAAACUGAACAUUUUUGCGGUUGCACGUAUCGACGGCUUUCCUUGAUGUAUAACG